CCGGACUACGGCUGCUGGAAUGUCUUCCCCGACUUCGUUCUUUCCCCUCCAUUCGCUUUUGGACUUCCGUUAGGUCUCCAUCCUGUUUCGAUCCCACUGAUUGUGAACCUGGUAUCCUCUCCAAUGGCGGGAAGCCAAUGGCUACGAUGCGUGCUGGUACUCGCCAUGGCGGUACUAGGGGUCCAAGCCAUCGACAUCGAUGUUAGCAGUGAGGACUCCAUCAAGAAUGCCGCGUCGAUAGCUGCGUACGGCAUGAUGAAGCAUUACAAAGGAAACGAGUCCGGCGAAAUUCCCGGAAAGAUCCCUAAUACCUGGUGGGAAGGUGGCGCCAUGUUCAUGACUCUCAUUCAAUACUACCAUUAUACGGGGGACUCUACCUAUAAUAGCGAGGUCAUCCAGGGCAUGCAAUGGCAGGCAGGCGAUUGCGAUUACAUGCCAGCGAACUGGAGUAGCUACAUCGGAAACGAUGAUCAAAUGUUCUGGGGGUUGGCCGCCAUGACCGCUGCGGAACUGAACUUCCCCGACUCUAGCGAUGGAUACUCAUGGCUCUCCCUGGCGCAGGGUGUCUUCAACACCCAGGUUGCGCGCUGGGAUAAUACCACCUGUAACGGGGGAAUGCGGUGGCAGAUCUACACCUACGAAUCCGGCUAUACUAUGAAAAAUUCCAUUUCCAAUGGCGGUCUCUUCCAAUUAUCAGCCCGUCUGGCGCGUUAUACCAGCAACAACACCUACUACGAGUGGGCGGAGCGCAUCUGGGACUGGACGACGACCACGCCCCUAUUGAGCAACUCAACGUGGAAUGUGGCCGACUCGACAUCAACCACCAACGACUGCAGCACCCAGGGAGACGACCAGUGGUCUUACAAUUAUGGCGCCUUUUUGGGAGGCGCCGCAUACAUGUACAACUAUACCAACGGCACUGGGACCAAAUGGUCUACCGCGGUCAGUGGCUUGUUGAAUCGCACCCUAGACAAGUUCUUCCCCAGCAGCCACGGGGGUUAUAUCAUGGAGGAGAUUCUGUGCGAGCCGCUGGAGGUGUGCAACAACAACGAGAUUAUCUUUAAGGGGCUUGUGGCCGCCUGGUUGGCCUACACGGCGUAUCUGGUGCCAUCGACCUACGACAGCAUUCUCCCCAAGCUGCAGGGAUCCGCCAAGGGCGCGGCCGCAACCUGUACGGGCUAUGGCAACAACACCUGCGGCGUGCGCUGGUGGAACAACACCUGGGAUGGGUGGAGUGGCCUCGAGGAGCAGAUGAGCGUCCUCAGUAUCUUCUCCGUCAACAUGCUCCCAUACACCAACUCAUCGGCGGCGCCUUUGACUUCCAGCACGGGAGGCAAUAGCACCAGCGAUCCAUCGGCCGGAACGGAUGACAGCUCCAAGGAUAAGGCGACCCUGAGCACGAUCACGACCGGAGACCGCGCGGGGGCAGGCGUUGUGACGGUGGUCUUUGCCGCCGCGUGGAUCGGGAUGAUGGGCUGGUUGAUGAUUGGGUGAUUCACCAAUCCUGGCGUUAUUCAUUGUGUAAAUAUUAGAAAUACCUGCAUUGGUUUGGGUGCAGUACAAUUUGGGACUUAUAAAUAUCAUAAUUCAUGUCGC